UGCGCCUCGCCCGCCGCCCGCUACGGCCCCGGCCAGACGCCCGCGGCCUUCCUCAGCGCCCUGCUCCCCUCGCAGCCCACGCCGGUGGCCGUCAACGCCCUGGGCCUGCCCAAGGGCGUCACCCCCGUGGGAUUUCCAAAGAAGUCCAAUAGAACUGCUAGAAUAGCCUCUGAUGAGGAGAUUCAAGGCACAAAGGAUGCCGUCAUUCAAGACCUGGAACGAAAACUGCGCUUCAAGGAGGACCUCCUGAACAACGGCCAGCCGAGGUUAACAUAUGAAGAAAGAAUGGCUCGUCGAUUAUUAGGUGCUGACAGUGCAACUGUCUUUAAUAUUCAGGAGCCAGAAGAGGAAGCGGCUAAUCAGGAAAUUGUGUCUCCUCAUGCUUCUGUAGGGAGUCCUCUGGAUGGUCAAAAGGAAUACAAAGUCUCCAGCUGUGAACAGAGACUCAUCAGUGAAAUCGAGUACAGGCUAGAAAGGUCUCCUGUGGAUGAAUCAGGUGAUGAAGUUCCAUAUGGGGAUGUGCCUGUGGAAAAUGGAGUGGCACCGUUCUUUGAGAUGAAGCUGAAACAUUACAAGAUCUUUGAGGGAAUGCCUGUAACUUUCAUGUGCAGAGUGACUGGGAAUCCAAAACCAAAGAUCUAUUGGUUUAAAGAUGGAAAGCAGAUCUCUCCAAAGAAUGAUCACUACACCAUUCAAAGAGAUCUCGACGGAACCUGCUCUCUCCAUGCCACAGCUGCCACCCUAGACGAUGAUGGGAAUUACACCAUUAUGGCUGCAAACCCUCAGGGCCGCAUCAGUUGUACCGGACGCCUAAUGGUACAGGCUGUCAAUCAAAGAGGUCGCAGUCCCCGCUCUCCCUCAGGCCAUCCUCAUGUCAGAAGGCCUCGUUCUAGAUCAAGGGACAGUGGAGAUGAAAAUGAACCAAUUCAGGAGCGCUUCUUCAGACCUCACUUCUUGCAGGCUCCUGGAGAUCUGACUGUUCAAGAAGGAAAACUCUGCAGAAUGGAUUGCAAAGUCAGUGGGUUACCAACCCCAGAUCUAAGCUGGCAGCUAGAUGGGAAGCCCAUCCGCCCCGACAGUGCUCACAAGAUGCUCGUGCGUGAGAACGGGGUGCACUCUCUGAUCAUAGAGCCAGUCACAUCACGAGAUGCCGGCAUCUACACAUGUAUAGCCACCAAUCGAGCAGGACAGAACUCAUUCAGCCUGGAGCUUGUGGUUGCUGCUAAAGAAGCACACAAACCCCCUGUGUUUAUCGAGAAGCUGCAAAACACAGGAGUCGCUGAUGGGUACCCAGUGCGACUGGAAUGCCGUGUUUUAGGAGUGCCACCGCCUCAGAUAUUUUGGAAGAAAGAAAAUGAAUCACUCACUCACAGCACUGACCGAGUGAGCAUGCACCAGGAUAAUCACGGCUACAUCUGCCUGCUCAUUCAGGGAGCCACAAAAGAAGACGCUGGGUGGUACACGGUGUCAGCCAAGAAUGAAGCAGGGAUUGUGUCCUGUACUGCCAGGCUGGACGUCUACACCCAGUGGCAUCAGCAGCCACAGAGCACCAAGCCAAAAAAAGUACGGCCCUCAGCCAGUCGCUAUGCAGCACUUUCGGACCAGGGACUAGACAUCAAAGCAGCGUUCCAACCUGAAGCCAGUCCGUCUCACCUAACACUGAAUACCGGCUUGGUAGAAAGCGAGGACCUGUAAUCAACAUUCUUGUUAAAGCUGAAACACUGAAACAGCCAUUGCCUUGACCAACAUAUUCCUUUGUCACAUUAUGUAAAAGGCAAAAGCAUACCUUUGACUAUAAGAAAUAAACACCAAAAUAAUAUUUUUCUUACUUGAUAUACCAAACUUAGAGUGUAAGUAGGUGAUGUGAAUAGAAAUGUACACAUUGCACAGAAAAUUCACGUUCAUCAUCCAAUUUAAAAUUUUUGGAAUUGCUGUGAUUAAAGUGGUCUGAAAUGCCAGAAUGCUAAAGGAAAUCAGUUGUUCAAAGGUAACCACAAUUUGUUAUAUCCAAAGUGCCUUUAAACACUAGCUAUAGGUGCUACAUAGCAUGAUAGUGUGGGGUGCUGAACAAGAGGCAAUUGUACCACAAAUAGUACUAAAAUGAUCCUAAAGUGGCAGUGUAUUCAGACAGCUACAGUGAACCAAGUGCAAUAUGUGAGGAUGAAAAGGAAGAGGAAAUGACAAAGAAAUCCAAGUAAAUGCCUUGUCUUUGCAAAUUGUUUUAUAUUAAAUCAUAAGGAGGAAUUACUUGCCUUAAAUUUUAUUAAUAUCAAGAGUUUUCUAACAAGGUUAAUACCUUAGUUCUUAACUUUUUUUUCUUUACGUGUAGUAGUUUCUUUUCAUGCUACCUUGGUAGGAAGCUUAUUUACAAACCAUAUUAAAAGGCUAAUUUAAAUAUAAAUAAUAUAAAGUAUUCUGAAUAUAGCAGAAAUAUAUUAACAAACAGUCCAUUCCACAAAAGGCAUCCAAACCACCCACAUGACCAAGGCAUAGAGUAUUUGGAGGAAACAGGGGUUUGGAAGCAGGGAGGAGAAUGAAGGAAAAUGCUACCGGCACACUUACUCAUGUUGUAUUCAUUUAGCUAAAAGUAGAGGGACAGGAGACACGGUAAAGGCCAGGCUUUUCUUUGGUUUUCUUCUAAUCUAAAAUGUAGGUGAAAAAACACUGCCAUUCACAAGUUAGGGAAUCUAGAGUCAGCUGGAAGUUUGGAACACAUGUGCUAUGGAAAUUUCAGUGUGUCUGAAGUUUGUGUAGUAGUUGAAGAGUUUAGAUGUGUAGAGCAAGUUGAAAAUGGACUGAGACUGCAAGAUGGGCAUAAAUGAGAAAUUGCCUAUAGGAUCUAGUUUACUCGAGGGAAAUGGAGACUUGGGAAAGACAAAAACAGGUUUGUGCCGUAAUGUAUUUUUUUCAAUGGCACCAAGAUAUGGUGAAUGGAAAAUAUUAGUCCACUUCCCUGCUGCCAUGACACCUGGCCUUCAGAAGGUGCUGGGUUCCGAGUGUUUGUAUAGGCAUCUCAGUGAAGACUGAUUUUUGAAUGCCUAUAAUUCUGCAUCAGCUAGAUUGAGUUGAUUCUGACCAGACUUGAUGGUUUUAAGUCGGAACCGAUAAACUUUAAAAAGGAGAAAAAACAAUUUGGCCUAAUAUUAUAAAACAUGAGGCUUUAAUGGUACUUUGCUAUGAAAAGAAAACACUGUAUUCCUUAUGCAAAACACAUAUAUCUUUCAUUAUUUAUAAUAAAAAUGUUGAACUCUCUUAGUUACUCAAUUCAAUAUGUAGUAUUUUCUUAAAUAAUUUUAUAUCUGUGUACCACCCCAUAUAUUUCAUAUUACUGCUUCACAUGUACAGCUUUCUAUCUCUUUGUAAGAACACCAACCAACCAAGUUUUAAAUGAUUAAUAGGCUUGAGCACCGGGUGGCAGAUGUUCUAUGCAGAGUGGUACAGUUUUCUUUGACCACACUUAUAUGCAUUGCUAAUAUGGAAUUUAAGAUACCAUACAAAGUCUCUCAUGGGCCUAUCUGUAUUGUAGAAUUAUGACUUAUGUCAUAUCUUACUUGCCAAAUUUUUCUGAAUGUGACUUUUUGCUAAUUUGCUGGGUUUGGGAUUAAGUAGCAUUAUUUUGCCACCUUUUAUGUUGUAUUUAUAAAAAAAAGUGCUAUCAUACUACUUUGGAUUGUUGUGCUGGUAUAAUGUGGAUUUAACAUCAAUAAAUAUUUAACAAAUAA